CAUGAUGCAGGUAGUAUAAAUAUAGCGACGCCGCCGAGUCUCAUCCUCAGUUCCUAGUCGUCCAACGGCUUUCAACAUGUGGCUACCUUGGACAUUUUUGAUACUUGCGGGAAUAGUUGGAGCCGAUUACGAGCAUGGCUGGAAAGUCGGCAACGAGUACACGUACGUGGUGCGGAGUCGGACGUUGACCGGUUUGGACAAGAUCUCGAACCAGUACAACGGGCUCCUGACGAAGGCGUUGCUGACCGUCCAAGCGAAGGACGCCGAUACCCUAGGAGCAAAGCUGUCGCAUGGCCAAUAUGCCAACAUCCACACGGAUCUUCCGAACGGAUGGGAUUCGGAGGUCUCCGACCAGAAUCUCGAUCUCCGCAACGUGCCGUGCUCCGGCAAGCCGUUCGAGAUCAAGAUCAAGCAAGGAGUGAUCCGUGACCUAAUCGUCGACAAGAGCGUGCCCACCUGGGAGGUGAACCUGGUGAAGAGCGUGGUGAGCCAGCUGCAGCUCGACACGCUCGGCGCCAACGCGAUCAAGAACAGGAAGAUCACCCAGGUGCCGAAGGACGACGAGCCUUACGGCUCGUACCCGGUGAUGGAGGACUCCGUCAGCGGAAAGUGCGAGGUCCGCUACGACAUCACGCCUCUGUCAGACUUCAUGAUUCGGCUGAAGCCGGAGCUGGUCCCCAUGCCUAAGCUGAAGGGCGACGGGCACCACAUCGACAUCAUGAAGACGAAGAACUUUGGCAGGUGCGAGCAGAGGAUGGGCUAUCACUUCGGGCUCAGCGGCAUGAACAAAUGGGAGCCUGGCUCCAACGAUAACGGACAGUUCCUCUCGAGAUCGUCCACGAGCAGAGUGAUCAUCUCCGGCAGCCUGAAGAAGUUCGUGAUACAGUCCUCCGUGACCACCAGCAAGAUGCUCGUCAGUCCUCGCUUCUACGACGAGCAGAUCGGCCUCGUUGUCAGCAAGGUGAACCUGACCUUAGCGAAGAUGAACACGAUCUCGCAGCACCUGCCGUCUCCGGCCGACCCGGAGUCGACCGGCAAUCUGGUCUACGUCUACGACAAUCCGUUCUCCGACUCGGCAGAGCGCAGGAACAGCGACCCGAACCGCGGCAACUUGCUGACCUCGGACAGCAUCGCCUCGAUCAGCUCGAGCGAGGAGGCCCUGAAGGACAAGCCAAACAUCCGCGGAUCCAGCUCGUCCAGCUCGUCCAGCAGCUCGAUCUCGAGCAGCGAGGAACACCGAUUCUGGCAGCCGAAGCCGACCCUGGAGGAUGCUCCUCAGAAUCCUCUGCUGCCGAACUUCAUCGGCGUCGGCGGCAAGUACAUCGGCCAGACCGGCAACGUCGACUCGGCCAAGGCCGCCAAGGAGAUCCUGGUGCAGAUCGCCAUCGAGCUGGAAGACGCCGGCAACAUUCCCACGGAAGAGACCCUCGAAAAGUUCACCAUGCUGACCAGCCUGCUGCGCACCAUGAGCAGAAAGAAGCUGGCCGAGAUCGAGCCGAGCUUCGUCAACGAUAUCAAGACGAAGGAGGACACGGUGAAGCAGAACGCCUGGGCGGUGUUGAGGGACGCAAUGGCCCAAACCGGCACAGGGCCCGCCCUGCUGACCAUCAAGGAUUGGAUCAAGAGCCACGCGCUCGUCGAAACGGAAGCCGCGGACGUGGUGACCAGGCUGCCGAAGAACGCGCGCACACCCACCGCCGAAUACGUCAGGGCCUUCUUCGAGCUGGCAACCUGCUCGGAGGUACUCGAGGAUCAAAUCCUUCGCGUGCAAUCGAUCUUAUCGUUCGCGGAGAUGGUGCGCAAGUCCCAGGUUAACAAACGCACGGUCCACAACCGGUACCCGGUGCACGCGUUCGGUCGCAUGAUCUCGAAGCACGAUCGCACGGUGGUCAACGAGUACAUCCCCUACUUGGAGAAGGAGCUGAGGAAAGCGGUCAAGGAGAACAACACCCCGUUGAUCCAGACCUACAUUCUGGCUCUCGGCACCAUUGCUCACCCGAAGAUCCUCGCCGUGUUCGAGCCAUUCCUCGAGGGCAGGGAGAAGAUGACCCCGUUCCAGAGGACGCUGAUCGUCGCCUCUCUCGACAAGCUCACCAUGAUCAACCCGAAGCUGGCGCAGUCCGUUCUCUACAAGAUCUACCUGAACACCAUGGAAGUCCACGAGGUGCGUUGCGCCGCCGUCUACUUGCUGAUGAAGACCAACCCGCCGCUGAGCAUGCUGCAGAGGAUGGCGGAGUUCACGAACUACGACACGAACAAGCACGUCAACUCGGCCGUCAAGUCGAGCAUCCAGUCGUUGGCGCAGCAGACCAGAUGGAAAGAAUUGGCCGACAAGGCACGCGCCGUGGUCGAUCUCUUGAAUCCUGAGGAAUACAGCUACCGGUACUCCCACGGGUUCAUCUCCGAGCGCCUGAAGGAGGGCCAGAACGUUAUCAACAUCGAGAUCUUGAACUACAUCGGCAGCAGCGACAACUACAUCCCCGAAUACAUGCACUACGCCUCGUACAACAGCUACGGCGACUUCAAGACCCCGCCCACUGACGCGGCCGUCAUGCUAUCCAACGUGAAGGCCAUCUUCAAGAUCAUCUUCGGGGACGAGAAGAAGCAGCAGACCGACAAAAUGCCGACCGAGAAGCUCGCCGAAGAACUGAACAUCAUCCCCGAGGAACCCAUCGACGUGGAAGGCAACCUCAUGUGGGACGACAAGUUCUCCUCGGGAUUCGUGCCCUUUGACAAACGCAUGCUGCGCUCGAUCCCCAAAAUGAUCGCCCAAGGAGGACUGAACAUGAAGAACGGAAAGAAACUGAACCUGAUCAAGAUGUCCACCUACGAAGUGACUCUCAGUUUCCCCAUGGAAACCGGCCUGCCGUUCCUCUUCACGUUCAAAGUACCCAUCCUGAAGCGGCUGCAAGGCACGGCUCAGCUGCACAUGGGCAGCGACAAGAGCAUCAGCGUGAAGGCCGACCUGCGUCCCACGUACUCGAAGAAGAUCCAAGGAAGAGUCGGUUUCCUGGCUCCCUUCGAGCACAAGCACUUCAUCGCCGGCGUCGACAUGAACUUCCAGGCUUACUUCCCGAUUAGGGUCUGCCUCGACGCGACCACCGACAUGGGCCUCACGAAGCUGCAGCUGUGGCCGCUGAAGGGCGAGCACAAGGCGCGCAUGAUCCACUACAGCGUGAUCCCGUACACUUCGCAGCACGACAUCCUCAGCAUGCAACCGGUGAUGACCGACAAGAACACGCACCAGAUCCUGCUCGGCAAGCCCCGAAGACAGACCAAGUCUCUGCCGCUGAAGGAUCUCGAGCUGUUCGAGUUGCAGAUGGUGGCCGACGAGGAGAACGACGAGUUCUGGAAGUCGGAAGGCGACUUAGCCGACAGGCUGAUUUUCACGUGGACCCAGAAGACCGACCUGUACCGUAAGGCUGACCUGUACAUGAACAUCGAUCCGGAUCUGAAGGAUCCGCUGACCAUCACGGCGAGCAUCACCGAUCUGAACGUGAUGCCUGACGUCAAGACCGAGAAGUGGUCGCCGCUCGCCAAGGCUGUAGCACCGAAGGACCCGAGCUCGAACACGACGCGCAUAUCCGGUUUGCUCGCGGAGGUCGUCGAGGGCAUCAAGGCCGCCCAGGCCAUCGUGUUCGAUCUGGAGUUCCAGAUCCCUGGCGAGUUCAAGAGUCAGCAUUCUAUGACGUUCGCCUACGCCGAGAGCAACAUGGACAACAAACGCAAGUUCCAGAUGUUCUUCAACACGAUUCUGCCGUCGAGCAGCAGCAGCUACCAGGUCUGCAUCGGCGCGAACCAAGUCGUCCCGAUGAACACGAUGCCGUCGUACGAAAUUGCGCGUGAGCUAACCGUGAAGGAGAAAUUCGACACGGACAUUCGCUUCGGAACGACCUGCGAGCAAGGCGAGCAGAUGAAUCUGAAGGGGGAGGGCGUCCAGAGUAAACAAUUGCGUGAGCAAUUGCUCAAGUCUCCGAAGGUGAAGACCUGCCUGGAGCAGAUGAACCAAGGCAACAAGAUCCUGAAGGAGUGCCAGAAAGCGGCCGCUUCCAUCAAGAUGCUCGACGAGUACAAAUUUAGCUUGAGCAUCGAAUCGGAGGUGCUCAGAUACUUCGUCAACAAGGUCGUGGACGCCAUCGGCAACACGGAAUACCUGGACACCCAGGUGGACACUGCGCACCCGGUGAAUGCUGAAAAGAACGCGAUCGACAUGAAGAUCAAGUUGUCUCAAGAUCUGGAUACGGCCGACUUGACCAUCCACACGUCGGACUCGGACAUCAAGGUGAACAAACUGGGACUGAGCAUGCUGGACCUUAACCCGCAGGACUUUAUGGUGGAGGACAGCAACGUCGCGGACGUGAUGGACGAUAAUCUGGAGAAUUCCUGCGUCGUCGACAAGACCAGGGUCGAGACGUUCGACAGUAACAACUACCCGGUGCACCUGGGCAACUGCUGGCACGCGAUCAUGACCACUUACAGGAAACAGAACCCGGAGAAUAAGGACGAGAAGCUGCGCAUCCCCAAGGACACCAGCGUCAGCAUCCUGGCUAGGGAGACCGAGGACGGUCACAAGGAGGUCAAGAUCAUGCUCGGUGAACGACAACUCGAAUUGAAAAUGAAAGGCUCCAGACCCGAGGCGUGGUUGGACUCAAAACUGCUGGAGGUCACGCAGGACAAAGGCUUCCAGCACCAGGAAGAUUACGAUGUGAUGUUGGAGAUCGUCAGACUGGCCGACGACUCCAUUGCCGUGAUGGGCACCGAGCAAGAAGUUACAGUGAUCUACGACGGCCAGCGCAUUCUGAUCAAGGCUUCCGACGAUUACCGCUACUCCGUGCGCGGUCUCUGCGGUAACUUCGACGGCGAGGAGACCAACGACUUUUGGGCCCCCAAGAACUGCGCGAUAAGAAAGCCAGAUAUAUUCGUCGCGUCGUACGCGCUUACCAAGAACGAGUGCGAAGGACCGUCCUUGGAGAACGCUAAGCUGGUUUACGACCACUGCACGCCGCACUCCGACAACAGGCAGAGCAACGUAAUCAGCGACAUCGACGUCGGGCGGGAGAACACCGAGAAGUUCGGCUACCAACAUAGCGGGGAAGAACCGUCUGGAAAGCAAUGCAUCAUCCAUAGGACCCAGGUGAAGGAGCACGAAGACAAGCUCUGCUUCACCAUCAGACCGGUCGUAACCUGCGCGCCGGGUUGCUCCCCUGCCGAGACCAAAGACAAGAUGUACCAGUACCAUUGCAUCGAGAGGAACGAGGCGUCGCUCAAGUUAAAGAAGAGGAUCGAGAAGGGUGCCAACCCCGACCUCAGCCAGAAACCGAUCAGCGCGUCAUGGUCGAUCAACGUGCCGCUCUCCUGCAAAGCCUGAUCCAGCGUCAUUUCUCAAUUGAUCCCGACGAGUAGUUGGUUCAUCGAUAGCCCCGCAUAGUUUAUGUAGUUUCUUUUGUAUCUAGCGCCGACGUAACGUGUGUCAAAUAAAAUGUAUAGUUUUCACGUAA